GCAUCACUUCAGGCAGUGUACACGGUCUGUAGACAGAUUGUUAUAUAUUUAAUUCGAUCAGGGACAGAUAAAUUGAUGAAAACAACAAAAAGAGACAGGUUGGAAGAAUGCAUUACUGUUGAAUUUUACCUGUGUUAACUGGUUUGCGGUCAUCCGAUGCAAAACUAGGAACAUCACUAGUGAAUUGAAAGCAAAGCAAGAGGAUUACCAUUAGCUACGUGCAAUUGAGAAGGUUUAGUGGAAGAGGAUGGGUAAAGGCACAAAACGAAUAGCAGGGUAAACUACUUCAAAGUGAAGAAUGAAUCCAAAGGAAGAGAUUAGCAACACAUCACAGGAGGAAUACGAAGAUGACUUUGAGAAAGACCUCGACUGGUUAAUAAACGAAGAGGGCAAAGCAAGUGAGGACCUAGAGGAUGAGAGUGAUAUUGAAGCUCAGAUUGACAGAGAACUGGAGGAGGAGGCAGUUAAAAAGAAGACCGUAGAAAAGGAACAGCAAGACCAUUCAAAGAGUGUUUGUGAUAAAAACUCAGAUCUGAAAUCCCCCAGUGGUGAGGAGCCACCGCCUGAAAUCGAGCCACCUGAGCCCAUCUCGGAUACAGACAGUGAGAGUUCUUAUCAGCUGAUAAAACCAGAGGAAGUCGAUGAUGAGAUGGACGAAGAAGCCAAGAAGUAUAUCAUGGAGAAGAUAGAGCAAGCCAACCGGCAGCUUGAGGAUGAAGACCCAGUCAAUGAAAAUCGGGAGCGCAGACUGAAAUUUAAAGACAGCCUGGUUGAUUUUGUGGCACCACCGCUGGCUUAUUCUGAAGGGGAGAAUGAUAAUGAUGGAGAGGUCGCAGGGCAAUUGUCUGAUUUGCAGAUCUCUCCACAGAAGGGUCAAACCUUUCCUGAAAACAUGGGAAAGGAUCAUUCAAAGGAAGGUAAAGUGCUGAUAGAGAAAGAUGGGAAGUUUGAACUGGUUAGCAUAAAUGACCUUGAAAGCCAGGGUCUGUUGCCUCCAAUACCUUGCGCUGCUAGUGAGGCUGAGCAGAAACAGAGUUCUCCAAGGGCUUCAUCUCGCCACAGUGAAUCCUGCCCUGUGCAAGGCCUCUCCUCUAGACUCAACUCUGCUUCAACAUUCUCUUCUUCUGCUGGAGAGUUUGUUCAUGUGCCCAGGCCCCCCUCUGCUCCUAAGGGCCGCUCCAGUUCAGCAGGUCACGUACAGAGAAACACUGGCAAAAGGAUAACGAAGGCUCGAAGGGUCCAGUCUGCAAACAUUUGCUCCGGACACACUACCUAUGCCCAGACUCCCGAACAAAAAGAGAUGCGGCUUAAACUUGAACAGAAAAGGGAAAGGCUUAGAAGAGAGGAGGAAGCCAGGAAGAGAGAGGAAGAAGAGCAAAAACGACAAGAUAACGAGAAUGCCUUCCACGCCUGGAUGAUGAAGAAGAAGGAUCAACUGCAGGAGGAAAGGCGAAUCCACAGGGCAAGGGAAAUGGAAAGAAUGAACAACACGCAGGAAUCCCCAGAUGCCGAAGAGGCUUUCAAACAGUGGUUGAAGCGGAAACAUGAGCAACAGUUAAGAGAUAGACAGAUCGAAGAAAUGAGAAGACAAGAAGAGGAAAGUAGCUAUUACGUUCAUGAAAGAGAGGAAUGUGAAAAAGCCUUUAAAUUGUGGCUGAGAAGGAAAAAAGCAGAAAAACAUGCAGAAAAGCAGGCAGCAAAGGAACGCUCCAGGAGACUGGUGAUAGAGGCUAGGAGAGCCAGACGGAUGAAAGAUUUACUCUACACUAUCAGUGAGGCCAAAGCAUUCAAGUUUGUAGACAACUACGGCUACCGGUUUUGAGGUUGUCCUUCAGUAGUCAAGCCACAGCUACAAUACCUCAUAAAGGUGGUCUAGAGGCAGAGGAAAUUCAAUAAAGAAAAUAGAGCCUCCUUAUGACCUGCUGUAUUUCCAUGCUCUGUAGUAACAUUCAUUCAAAUUGUCCAGGUUGGUGAUAUGCAUGUUUUCAAUGAAGAAGCGUUUGCAAGAGUUUCUUGUUUUUAUCUUGUAGUCUAAUUGAAUAGUAAGUUUAAUUGAAUAGCACCAUAGGUAAGUAAUGCAGGUCAUGAAGCAGCUCUUUUUUCUUUUUACAUUUUAGCAAGGUGCUGUUAUUAUAUAAAGCUACACAAGACUUUUAAAUGAAAUUAUUUAUAACAUUACAAUAUGUAUCUGUUUAUAAAUAUUGGAUUUUAUUUGGAGUGAAAUAGGGCUACCUGCUGUAGGCCUACCAGUCCUUUGGGAAAUGUGUUCAAAUCAUGAUUGCAUUAUUUUCAUUUCCUUCAUGGUUGGUGUUUUAAAUACAAUUAAUAUUGGAUAAUGUAUAUUACAGAUCGAAAGGGACAGAUUUACUAAGCUUAGUUUUUUGCCUGCAGUGAUCAAAUGAAACAAUGUAUAUAUUUUUUGUAAUAUUCAGUAUUAUUACAUGAAUAUGCAUCUACCAAGUUUUGUGCUGAAGUCUUAAAGGUAUUAAAAAAGCUCACAAACUGUUAUGGAUGAAACCUGUGUAAAUUUACUGUUCAAGGCAUUUUGAAACUUUUUAAUAAGGGUUCUUUUGAAGUAUGCUAAGCUUUUACUAACCAAGAAAUUAUUUAAAUUCAGUAGUACCUUGGUAUUAUGCAUCAAGCCCACUUGCUAGAUGUAAACGUGUGUAACUGUGCAUAUUUUUACAUGAUAAAAUGUUUACUUAAUUUACACACAUAGGAAUGUGUUUCCUGUUUGUAUUCAUUUUAAAUAUCAUUUUUUAAACUGAUAAAGCCUACCAGUACCAUUUUAUGGUUUUAACUUUU